UCUCCCCAUCUCACUGGUCUUCUUCAUUCAUCCUCCAUUCCUCCUCAUUCAUCAAUCCCAUUCCCACCUUCUUCAACCCGGGCCCUAAUGGCGGAUGCUCUCCUUUCUAUUGUCCUAGAGCGGCUGGCUUCUCUUAUUCAUCAGGAAGUUUCUCUGGUUGUGGGUGUUGAUACAGAAAUCCAAAGCCUCACCGACACACUCCAGGUCGUCCGAGCUGUUGUUGCAGAUGCAGAGAAGAGACAAGUGAAGGAGGAACUUGUCAAAGUUUGGUUGCAGAGGCUUAAAGACAUCGCCUACCAAAUGGACGACGUGCUGGAUGAGUGGAGCACUUCUCUUCUCAAAUCUCAGAUUGAGAGAGCUGAAAGCCCUUCCAUGUCUAAGAAGAAGGUAAGCUCCUGCAUUCCCUCCCCUUGCAUCUGUUUCAAACGAGUUGCUGGCCGUCGUGACAUUGCUCUUAAGAUUAAGGAUAUUAAACAACAAGUUGAUGACAUUGCAAACCAGAGCAAUCGGUUCAAUUUUACAUCUAGAUUUAGCAACGAGGAACCACAGAGGCUUAUAACUAUCUCUGCAGUUGACAUUUCAGAGGUAUGGGGUCGGGAUAAGGACAGGGACACCAUACUAAGGCAGCUGUUGGGUAAGAGUUGUGAUGAAAGCUUGGGCCUCUACACCAUCUCCGUGGUUGGGAUGGGAGGUAUCGGCAAAACAACUCUUGCUCAACUAGCCUUUAACCACGAUGAGGUGAAGGCUCAUUUUGAUAAAAGAAUCUGGGUCUGCGUUUCUGAUCCUUUUGUCCCAAUAAGAAUUUUGAGGGCUAUUCUUGAAGCCCUCCAAGGCCAGUCUUCUGAUCUCCAUGAUCCUGAAGCUCUACAACAAAAAAUUCAAGAAUCUAUUGAUGGGCAAAAGUUUCUCCUUGUGCUGGAUGAUGUGUGGACCGAAGACUAUCAGUUGUGGGAACAACUCAAGAAUUGUCUCAAGUGUGGAGGUGAUGGGAGUAGAAUUUUAGUGACCACUCGCAGUGAGAGCGUUGCUAGGAUGAUGAGAAGCACAUACAUGCACUCCUUAGGAAGCUUACCAUUAGAGCAAUGUCGGGAAUUAUUUUCCCAAAUAGCUUUUUGCGGGAAGAGCACCGAUAAAAUUGAAGAAUUAGAAGAAAUUGGCAAAAAAAUAGCAGACAAGUGCAGGGGCUUACCUCUUGCUGUUAAAGCUUUAGGGAGUCUGAUGCAGUUCAAAUAUUAUAAACAAGAUUGGGAGAAUGUGUUGAAUAGUGAAAUGUGGGAAUUGGAUGUUUUUGAGAAAAAACUGUCCCCUGCCUUAUUGUUGAGUUAUUAUGAUCUGCCCCCGCCACUUAAACAGUGCUUCUCAUACUGUGCGGUCUUUCCCAAAGAUCGCACCAUUCCAGUAGUGGACUUGAUUAAGCUGUGGAUGGCACAAAGCUACCUGGACUCUAAGACAGACAGAGAGAUGGAGGCAGUUGGGAGAGAGUACUUUGAAAACUUAGCAGCUCGGUCUUUCUUCCAAGAUUUUGAGAAAGAUGUGAAGGGUAACAUAAUAAGCUGCAAGAUGCAUGAUAUAGUGCAUGACUUUGCUCAAUUUUUGACCAACAAUGAAUGCUUAAUUGUGGAGGAUGAUUGUGAAAACCUAAAGACAAACUUGUCCCGUCAAAAGGGUCGUCAUGCAACUGUAAUUGUGCAUGGAAGUAUCAGAUCCUCUCUCUCCGUCAAUAAUGCGAGGAAUUUACACACUUUUAGUUGUGUCAAACAACAGGUUUAGAAUUGACUCAUUUCCACUUGAUUCAUUCCAGCAAUUCAAAUAUCUUAGAGCAAUGGAUUUGAGCGAGGACACAAUUGUAGAACUCCCAAGGGAGGUGGGUGAAUUCAUACAUCUGAGGUACCUUAAUCUAUCACGUUGUGUGAGAUUGGAAACAUUGCCCGAAACAAUCAGUGAGUUAUGCAAUCUGCAAACCUUAAAUAUUAGCAUUUGUCUGAAGCUUACAAAACUACCUCAAGGGAUAGGAAGUUUAAUUAAUUUGAGACAUCUUCAAGCCCAGUAUUGUUCGCACAGAGGCCUGCCUAAGGGAGUCGGAAGAUUAACAUCUCUUCGAACCUUAUCCGGUUUUAUUGUUGGUGAUGAGAAUGGAAGUGAUGUGUGCAAAAUAGAAGAAAUAAGAAACUUGAAGGAGCUUAGAGAGCUUGAAAUAACAGGAUUGAGCAAAGUGGAAGAUGCAGGGGAGGCUGAAAAGGCAGAAUUGAAGAAUAAGAAACAGCUCUCUGAUCUCACAUUAGAUUUCGGACCAUUGUUGAGUCAACAACCAGUAGGGAUGAAGGAAGUGGCUGAAGCCCUACAACCCCAUCCAGACUUAAAAUGUCUGCAAUUAAGCGGGUAUCAAGUCGAGGAAUGGCCCAGGUGGAUGAUGGAGCCAUCAUUACUCCAACUAACACAUCUUUUCCUUUCACAUUAUCGAAGAUGUCAGUGCUUGCCUCCUCUGGGGGAUCUCACAUUUCUCGAGAUUUUGAAAAUAGAUUUCAUGAUGAAAGUGAAAUAUGUUGGUGGUGAGUUCUUGGGAUCAUCAUCAAAAAUUGCAUUUCCAAGGUUGAAGCAUCUGUCAUUUGCAGCCAUGUCUGAGUGGGAAAAUUGGGAAGUAAAAGAAGAAAAAGGGAGGAAAGUAAUGCCAUGUCUUCUUUCCUUGGAAAUAGAUCGCAGUCCAAAGCUUACGGCAGUACCGGACCUCCUGCUCCAGAGGACACCACCAAUUAAAAUAAAGUGGGAUAAAGAGGAAAUAGGUGGAAGCUCUUAACAUUUGUCCAUUGGCUCGGCCCUGGUUGCCCUCCAUGCAAGUAUGAAACGGAUCCAUCCAUGGAGCAUAUUCUAUCCAAAACAACCUUUCAAAUGAAGAGAUGUAAUUGAGUUUUUGGUACGAGAGUAAGUCCAUGAUGGUAUUGGAUUAUUCUUUA